CAAAUCAUCAAUUUAAAUGACAACAAGUUAGCGAGCAUGAAAAAAACCCAGAAUUGAUAACUUUUCAGGUCAAAUUAGUUUAUUUAUUUAAUCAAAUCUAAUAGGAUGCCUGUCAAAAGGUUGAGUAUGAUACAUUUGCAAUCAUUAUUUUAUUUUAUUUUGUUAUUUAAUAAAAAAUGUUUUUCUUUUGGCUUGGAUGCUCAAAAAGAGAAUCUAGUUAUUCUCAAAUUGUGAAUCUGAAAUUUUCUCUGAGAACUUUGCAUCUCGAUUUCCCCUUAAAUGAGAAUUUUGGGGAAUUUUGAGGCAUCACAACAAUCACGUUUGGAUGUUAAUUACGUUAGUCGCAGUUUGAUUCAAAAUAUAGUCGAAGUAUAAAGUAAGAUUUUAUGAAUAAGGAAAGAAAAAAGGCGAAUUCCAGAGCAGAAAAGUCAAAAGAUCAAAAUGCUGAAAUUGCUUGUGCUUUUAUCAGUUAUUCAAAUUAUUUACGGGUUUCCAACAAGUGGCAAAAAAGAUGAUGGAAUCUCAUAUGCACGACAAACGGAUGGACCAUGGACAGUUAUGUUAGUUGUAAAGGGAUCUCGAUGCACUGGAAGCUUGAUUAAAAAGAAAUAUGUUGUAACAGCCGCGCAUUGCUUUGACGAACUUGAAGACGACAAAAGCCUCUCAAAUGAUAUUAAAAUUUUCAUCGGCGAAUGGAAGGUUGGUAUUGAUCCAGACUGUACAGACAGUGAAGAAGAAAAUUUUUCGGAAGAGACUUGCUUCCCAGACAAAGUCGCUGAAAUUCCACCCAAAAAGUUGACAAUCCACAAAGAAUAUUUGAAAAAGAAGGGAACAGCAGGCAAGAGUGCCUACGAUAUUGCAAUUAUUGAGCUUAAGCGGCCACCGCGUGUAUCAAAAAUCAUUAAAAGUAUUGAUUUACCUAGCGAAGACACGUGUGAAGAUGAACCUGAUCAUCCUUUGAUGGUUACUGGAUUUGGAGAAACUAAGCCAAAGCACUACACAAACAUGAAGAAAAAGGUCUUCAUAACACUUCAUGAUCAAGCCACAUGCAAAAGAAAGCUUGGCUUGCCAUUUAAUGGUGAUAAACAUUUUUGCGGAUUAGGUGCAAAUAAUUUGGCUACAUGCAAAGGAGAUUCAGGCGGUCCAAUUACAAAUGAAGUCGAUGGCGUACCAACACUUCAAGGAGUCGUUUCCUUUGGUGCACCAGAAUGUGGUCAUGGAGACACACCUUCUGGAUUCUUAAGAGUCGCAUGCUUCAUUGAUUGGAUUGACAGCUAUACAGGCGGAGCUCCAUUACCAGAGGAUCCAAAACCAACUCGUGAACCUUCAACAACGGCCAGACCAACAAGAACAACAAGACCAAAAAGACCAGCAAGGCCAAAGCCAACAACUACAGUAAGCACAACAACUGUGGAUGACUUUUUUAAUGAAGGGGAGGACGAUCCAUUUGCAUAAGUUUUUUUAAUUAUUUUGGAUGUUGUUAUGCUUGAUGGCAAUAAAAGAUUUAUUUUUUCAAAAAAUUUUCUAAAUAAUUGUUUGAUAUGGUCCAGUUGUGGGGGGGGGGGGG